AUGGCUGGCUCCAAGACCGAGACAGCAAUCCGGUACCCCGAAUCUGCCGACCAGAAGCGGAGGCUGCGAAACGUCACGCAAGACCGGAAAUGGGCGUCGCGCAUGCAGGAGAGAGCCCGCACCGGGGGCGAGAGGUCGUCCAACGCAACGGCCUGGCCCGUGGAGCAAUUACUGGAGACGACAAUGGAUGACCAAGGCCGUCCGGUCCCCGACCCGGUCACGUUCAGCGACGGCACCAAAGCGCGGAGGACGGGUGUGCAGCCGGAUGGUCAGGAUAUGGUGGCGGCUGUGAAUGAGAUUCCCUAA